AUGCUGGGGGCAUAUGUGGUACAGUCGGAGGCGGGUGACUACGACCCAACAAGUCAUCAAGGAAUUGAUUAUAUUUCAUCCAUGCCGUUCGCUCCACAGACUUUGCAAACUCCAGACAUGUUACAUGGUAUUGCUGCGCUUCAUCGACUCCACAAGUAA